AUGCGCUUCCUUCUUGUUUACAGCCUCUUCGCUGCGGUCCCCCCGGCAGUCUCGACAUGUAUAGAUCCCAGAGCAGAGACGUCCUUGAGUGGUACCUCCGACCCAUCUCUAUUCGACAUGAUCCCAGAAUGCGCGCGGAACUGUGUGGACAACUUCAUCAAAUCCCAGUAUACGCCCACCGAGUGCAAAACGCCGUCGAAUAUCGAGUGCCUGUGUCGGACGCCGUCAUCAGACGGUUUCACGCUGGGGGAAGCUGCCCUGAGUUGUGCGUUGUCUUUGUGCUCUGAAAAAACCAUCAAGACCACGAAUGCGUAUCGUAUAUGCGACUCGGUGCAAGGGGCUGUUCUGGCGACGCAUGCUACGAUUACCGCAACGGUUUUCCCGGCUGUGCAGACCACAACGGCGACUUAUGUCACGGCGACGGAGACACCAAAAACUACUUCUACUUCUACUUCUAUUUCUACUUCUGAACAGACUGCAGAUACUUCACCUUUUUCGACAUCUACGACUUCAAGCAGUUCUCCAGUUGCCACACCUCAAAAUACAACAGCAGCUUCCAAUCCUUCUUCCGCGAAGAAGGAAGAUCAUCAUACCAUUGCUUCAGGAGCGGUUAUCGGUGUCUCCAUCGUUUCAGGCGUGGCAGGGUCAUUUAUAAUUGGUGUUGCGGUAUUCCUUUGUUGUAAGCGGUACAGGAGUGGGAACUCCAACGACACCGAUCAAGACUUUUUCGAGAUUGGCGGUGCCAUGACCGAGCCACCUGGAUUCUCGCACCCUUCAUCCCGGCUUCCAUCUCCAGAUCCGACCCCGGGUUCUUCAUGGAACGAAAAAUACGGCAUGCCCCAAUCCGCGGGCCCGGUUCAGUCAUCAUCUCAGCGGGCUUUUGUCCCCGUCCCAGAGGUCAGCUAUGCAGGGAGAUCUCGGAAUCAGGAACAGAUAGGAGUCGCCGUAAGCUCUGAUUCCGAGUGGGCAGUCUCGCCCAUGACACAGUCUUCUCAACGCACUCUGUCGGAGGUACUGCCUGACCGGACACCGGGGCUCUAUCCAAAGCCGUUGAAAUGGAGCCAUCGACCUGUCAGUGGGGUGACGCUUUUCGAAGAAGAAGAAGAUGAUGAAGAGGGCCGGCAUGUAACUCCGCCGGAGGACAUUCGCAAUCCGCCGUCAAGGUCACAAGCCCCAAUAGGGCUUCCUGCAAAUCCUCGUGCCGUGAAGGAAGGCUUUCCAGCGGGGAGGUUCCUGCGCGAUGCUGGACAUCCACAGACCCAUCUUACAACACCAACGACCACCGCAAUGCGCGGAUCCUCCACAACAACAACAGAUACAAGCAGCGCCGUCGAUGAUUUCAGAAGCUCAUCAUCACCACAUCUCUCUUCUCCGAAUACAUUCGCUACCACGCCUUCUAGCACAGCUCAGGGCCGCAUCCUCAGCGGCAUGCUCCCUAGCAGAAAACCACCUCCUCCACCCCCGAAGCAACUACCCGCAAGAACUCUCGACCCAGCGUUAGAAAUAAUAUCGCGGCCACGCAUCGUUCGCCAGAAUGAUAUCAAGCGCGUCCAGCUGCGGCCGGGCCAACCCCGUUCUCCUAGUGAGGUGGUCGUCCCCUACGACCCCGAGGAACUCUGGCUGGAACGAGGGCGUUCGUACAUGUCGCAAAAUGCAGAACUGCCGUACCCAUCCGACGCGAGACGUGCUUCUGCGCUGUAUCCAAACAGUCCGACGCGGAUGAAUCGUCGAAAUCCGCAUAGGCUGUCUCCUGAGAGUCGGAAUGUGGUUGUUUCACAGCAGGGCACGGAUUUUGUGCUCAGGGUGGAGUGA